GCAAUUGAGGAUGACAUCCCAGCACUACGUGACAAUAUAUAGAGAGCAGUUUGCCUCACCUGGCAAAGUAGAACGAAUCCAACUUCGACCAACUUCUGCCCACAGAAGAAACAACCCACAGCCUCAACCGGAUUUUCUUUUCCCCCGCAGUCUUAAAACCAUGAACAAACCAUCACACAAACCACUUAGACCUCAAACUUUACCCCCUGUGGACGCGGGCCGCCAACCCUUCCCCCCUGUCACACGACUGUCAUUCAAUAGCCCUGUCAGGGUUUUUCCUCUCAAGUCUGUGAACACUGUGGACUCAAACAAAGCGCAGCACAUGCCAGCCAUCAACCCAUCUGCACUUCAAGAGCUGCCCUCUGUUGACCGGCAGCAGAAACGAUCACCUCCCACUGCCAGCUGUGUCAGGCUUCGCUCAUCUUUGAAGAGUUCACCAAGUGGGUGCUACAGCUGUUUCCAUGUGGUGAAGCCCUACCAAGCUGGUCACUAUGUCAUACACCCGCAGUUUGUGUCUGAAUGCCACCAAUAGGAUGCUCUGGAAGAUGAUCACAAGGAACCGCAAGAUACUUGAUGGCCACAUCCCCAGAAAUAUAAGAAAUAAUUCACCAGUCUAUUUCUUCUUGCAGUAACAAUGAACCCAUUGAAGAGGACUCUUGUAUGAGUGGUGGCAGCACAACAAAAGUUCAUCACUGUUAGAAAAUCUGCAGCAAAAUGGGGGUUAGAAAUUAUACACUGUAGUCCAGAUCUAGAACUUUUUGGUUUUAACAUUUAAAAAACACACUGUACAUCAUAUGUGAUAACUGUAUCAAACUGAUUUUAAAAAAAUAAUUUUCCAUUGUUAUAUUAGUAAUAGUGAAAACAAACUGAUCAUUUUACAAAAUGUAAAGACUUAUGUACUAU